UAUACACUAUAUUGCCAAAGGUAUUGGGACAUCCCUCCAAAUCAUUGGAUUCAGGUGUUCCAAUCACCUCCAUGGCCACAGGUGUAUAAGAUCACGCACCUAGUCAUGCAGACUGCUUCUACAAACAUUUGUGAAAGAAUGGGUUGCUCUCAGGAGCUCAGUGAAUUCAAGCGUGGUACCGUGAUAGCAUGGUACCAUGAUAGGUUGCCACCUGUGCAAUAAGUCCAUCUGUGAAAUUUCCUUGUUAUUAAUUAUUCCACGGUCAACUGUUAGUGGUAUUACAACAAAGUGGAAGCAACUGGGAACAACAGCAUUUCAGCCACAAAGUGGAAGGCCAUGUAAAAUGACAAAGCGGGGUCAGCACAUGCUGGAGCACAUAGUGUGCAAAAGUCGUCAACUGUCUGAAGAGUCAAUAGCUAAAGACCUCCAAAAACUUUGUGUGGCCUUCAGAUUAGCACAACAGCAGUGCAUAGAGAGCUUUAUGGAAUGAGUUUCCAUGGCCGAGCAGCUGUAUCCAAGCUUUACAUCACCAAGUGCAAUGCAAUGUGUCAGAUGCAGUGGUGUAAAGCACGCCGCCACUUGACUCUAGAGCAGUGGAGACGUGUUCUCUGGAGUGACGAAUCAUGCUUCUCGGUCUGGCAAUCUGAUGUGUCUGGGUUUGGCAGUUGCCAGGAGAACGGUACUUGCCUGACUGCAUUUUGCCAUGUGUAAAGU